UAUCACUUAUACAAAUGGCGCGCCGUGCAGGAAGAACUUACCUUGUAAAGGAGGAACAAGGACUUCAUUUACUCUCCAUUUUAGUUUUGGCUGGUCUGGUCUCUGCAGUGGCGGGUGGGUCCCCUCCUCCUGAUCUGAUUGGUCCAGACAAGGCCUACCUGAAGUCCGUGGUGGUGUUCCAGUGUAAGUCGCCUGGGUCGCCGGCGCCAAUCGCAUUCGAGCUCCUGAAGGACGGAAGCCCAGUCAAAACGAGGGUCGUCCCAGACAACGACCAGGAAGCGGUGUUUCGCCUGAAGAUCUCUGAGACGUCAGAGGGAUCGUACCAAUGCAGAGUCACGACAGGGGGGACCAUAAACCACAGUGGAAUGAUCCAUCUGCAAGUAAUCAUUCUGGUCUCAGGCGCCCAUGUGACAUCUGACCCUCAGCCCCCUGUCCUCUACGAGGGGUCACGGCUCACCCUCAGCUGUGAUGUCAGAGCUGGCUCCCACCUCUCCUACACCUGGUUCCACAACCGACAGGAAGUGACAUCAUUGCCAACGUCACCUUUGAACCCGCGCCUGUUGUUGGGAAACACGCUGAUUGUGGAGAAUGUCACAGCAGAGCAUGCUGGGAACUAUUACUGCAUAGCCAGGACCAUGUUGAUGGACAGAAGGUUCUCCAGCAGCAGUGAGGUCAACAUCAAGGUCAAAGCUCACCUCUCUGUACCACAAAUCUCCUUCACCAUCUCCAAAGAGGGUUCAAGUUACCGUUGCAACGUGACCUGCAGGUCAUCCAGAGGAACCCCUCCUGUGACCUUCCGCCUCCUUCUUGACAAUGUGGAGGUGGGUUCCGAAGUGUCAGGGGAGUCGCUGGUUGCCUGGUUCCCUGUUCCCGUGGUUCCAGGUCAAGACAUGGGCGUGUUGCUUUGCCGGGUAGAAAAUGAUGCUCAGCUACUGACGAGUGAGCCUCUAACUCUGGAAGUGGUCCCAGUUGGCGGCUCGGUGACAGUCGACAUUGAGUAUCUCUACCGGUUCGAUUCCAAGAUGUCCGCCGCUCGUCUCCAGUGCCACCUGAGCUUCGGCACCUUUCCGUCCUUCUCCUGGUCCCUCAACGGCUCGCUCCUCUUCGGCUGCUGCGAGGGAAGCACCUCUCACGCCCUGGCGGAUGCCGGGCGGACCCUGCUCCUCGCCGAGAUCACCCCAGAGAAUUCUGGGUAUUACCGGUGCAGGACGAAAGACAGUUACGACAACGCGUCAGCCUGGGUGGAGAGUGAACCUGUCCUGGUGCAGAUCACUGAGGUUACCAUGGCAACCAUAGAGGUCAUCGCCAUAGUGUUCUGCUGUUUCCUAAUGCUGACCCUGGCUGGGGGCGUCGCCUGCGUGACGAGAAUGCUCCGUAAUCCCAGAGAAUGUGUUCAAAGCAGCCAGCAGCCAGAGCCCAGGGAUCCCCAGCUUCAUAUUUGGGAAAGAAGAUUCAGUGAUAAUUUCUGCAUCAUCCGACCCCCACUUCCUCUAUCUGAGGUCACGUCUGGAACGGCACUCAAGCGGCUGGACAGUUGUUCUGCUGACAAUGAUGUGUCCUGUGUUGACAGCGAUUUACAGAAUCAGACCCUUGAGAUCACCAUUUGACACGAGGAAAAGAAUUACUUUGAUUCCUGACAAUCCAUUUUCCACUGUGGUAUUGUAUUUUGAACUUAUGUUUAUGGCUUUUUAUUAAGGUAGAAUUGUUUUCAAUACUGUAGCAGUACAUGUUAAUGCACAAUGUUGUGUGUAAUAAUGAAGUUCAUACAUUUGAAGCGUGUUGUAAUGUUGUGUGUGUUAACAAAGUUCACCCAUUUGAAGCGUGUUGUGUGUGUGUUAAUAAAGUUCACCCAUUUGAAGCGUGUUGUGUGUGUGUUAAUAAAGUUAACCCAUUUGAAGCGUGUUGUGAUGUUGUGUGUGUGUUAAUAAAGUUCACCCAUUUGAAGCGUGUUGUGAUGUUGUGCGCGUGUUAAUAAAGUUCACCCAUUUGAAGCGUGUUGUGAUGUUGUGUGUGUGUUAAUAAAGUUCACCCAUUUGAAGCGUGUUGUGAUGUUAUGUGUGUGUUAAUAAAGUUCACCCAUUUGAAGCGUGUUGUGAUGUUGUGUGCGUGUUAAUAAAGUUCACCCAUUUGAAGCGUGUUGUGAUGUUGUGUGUGUGUUAAUAAA